GGCACAUCUCAAAUAUUUUCAGCAGUGGGAGAGCAGCUCUGAUUCCUUCAGAGACGGAGGCUGCUGCGUCCUUGGAGAUAUUGGAACCGGAGACCCUGCAGGCUGGUGGGGCAUCGAUGCCGCAGGAUGCAAACAGGUGGCCUCCCCGUUGUCACCUCUGACCCUUCCUGAGCGAAGGACACUAGUGAGUCUGCACCCAGUUUCCAAUUAUUCUGAUGCCCUUGACAAUCAGAAUGAGAUCUUCCUUCUUCAGAGAAUUGUCGCCCGAGCUGCUGACUGUGCCGACUGCUUUUCACAGGGCGUUAGAGGUUUGCUCUCAAAAACCACCGGAAGAGUGCCAGCCCAAGGUCGCUGAAUGGAUGAGUCAAACGGCACAGCGUUUGUGGACCGGGAGUCCCAGAAUGCCUCGACCAGCAGGAAUUCCUCAGUCGGGAAUGCAGCGCCACACAUCCCGGUCGUGCACUGGGUCAUUAUGAGCAUCUCCCCACUGGGCUUUGUGGAAAAUGGGAUUCUGCUGUGGUUCCUCUGCUUCCGGAUGAGAAGAAACCCCUUCACUGUCUACAUUACCCACUUGUCUAUUGCUGACAUCUCAUUACUCUUCUGUAUCUUUAUUCUGUCUAUUGACUAUGCUUUAGAUUAUGAACUCUCUUCUGGCCAUUAUUACACAAUGGUCACUCUGUCGGUGACCUUUCUGUUUGGCUACAACACAGGCCUCUACCUGCUGACAGCCAUUAGUGUAGAGAGGUGCCUGUCCGUCCUCUACCCCAUCUGGUACCGAUGCCACCGCCCCAAGCACCAGUCAGCAUUUGUCUGUGCCCUCCUGUGGGCCCUUUCCUGCCUGGUGACCACCAUGGAGUACAUCAUGUGCAUUGACAGUGAGGAAGACAGCCAUUCUCGGAGUGACUGCCGGGCAGUCAUCCUCUUCAUAGCUGUCCUCAGCUUCCUGGUCUUUACCCCCCUCAUGCUGGUGUCCAGCACUAUCUUGGUGGUGAAGAUCCGAAAGAACACAUGGACUGCCCACUCCUCAAAGCUGUACAUCGUCAUCACAGUCACCAUCAUCAUCUUCCUCAUCUUUGCCAUGCCCAUGAGGCUCCUCUACCUGCUGUACUAUGAGUACUGGUCCACAUUCGGGACCCUGCAUAACAUCUCUCUGCUCUUCUCCACGCUUAACAGCAGUGCCAACCCUUUUAUUUACUUCUUUGUGGGCAGCAGCAAGAAAAAGCGGUUCAAGGAGUCCUUAAAAGUAGUCCUCACCAGGGCUUUCAAAGAUGAGAUGCAGCCCAGGCGCCAGGAAGACAGUGGCAAUACAGUCUCCAUUGAGACUGUUGUCUGAGGAAUACAGAAGGAAAUUGUGGGCAAAAACGGUGGGACAGGGCAGGGGAUUUAGCUGAGUGGCUCUGCACCUGCCUGGCAAGUGCAAGCUCCUGAGUUUGAUCCCCCGUACAAAAAAAAGAAAGAAGGUGGGAAACAGGUGUCCUAUAGUUUGUGUGCUUGGAAUGCAACUUAAGUACCUUUAAAUUUCCUUAAAUGUGAUUCCGAAGGACAUCCAUUCCACAUGCAUGAGACAUGAAUUAAUGAUGAGAUCAUACUCUUGUCCUAUAUCUGCUGGAAAUGCCUAAAUACGAGUGAGACCUCUGUUGUUUCUGUACUUAUCAAGAGCUCUUCUCUGUUCUGGAAAUGUCUUAGCAUGAAUCAUACGUCUACUCUACCAGAAAGAGCCAUGUAUCUUCUCUUACAGAUGUGACUGGGAAGGGUAACAAAAGUGUCUGUUGGAACUUGAAGAGGCAAAGCAAAUGCAGCAGGAGGAAGCAGAGCAUUAGACUUGCCACUUGCUAUCUUUAUGUCGGAAUGCAAGGGGUUUAAACUCUCAGAGCCUCAUUUCCUUAAUUUAAGAGAUGGUAGCGGUACCAGUCUCAACCUCCCAGGGUUGUAAGGGUGG